AUGUUUCCUUCUAUAGACACCAAUGGCUAUGACCACUUUGAUCCCUUCAAUCCCCAUCUAACAACCAUGCUUCCUUCUUUCACUACUCAUAUCCAAAGCCCUAGUUCUCACCAUCACCACCCUUUGCCUUCAUUUUCUUUCUCUUCAGCUUUUCUUGAUGAAUCAGUCUUGAUAAGCCAAUUCUUGUUACCACAGCAAGAUGCAGCAAAAAAUGUUGUUGAAUCUCCGAGAAAGGUUUGCAAGACGCUUGAGCAAAAGAAAAACACUGAGAAGUGCGUUGAUGGGACUACUUCAGAAAAGGUUCCACGGAGAAGAACGGGAAAGAAAAGGGACAGGCAUAGUAAGAUCUGCACCGCUCAAGGUCCUAGAGACCGAAGGAUGAGGCUGUCUCUUCAGAUUGCUCGCAAAUUCUUUGAUCUUCAAGACAUGUUGGGUUUCGACAAGGCGAGCAAGACGAUCGAAUGGCUUAUCUCCAAAUCAAAGGCCUCCAUCAACCAAGUUAAAGAAAGUGUAUCUGCAUCAAGAGGAGGAGGAGGAGACUAUGAACAUCUUCAGGUUAAUGAAAAGGCAAGGGAUGAGACAUUGAAAGUCUCAAAGAGAAGAACAAAGACGGUGGAGAGCUCUUGUAAGAAGAAAGAGUCGAGAGAGAAAGCUAGAGAAAGAGCAAGAGAGAGAACAAUGACGAAGAUGAACAUGAGAUUAUCAGGACUUAUUGACUCCUCGAAAACAUUUUCAGAUCCUCAUCAAGAAACAAGAAAGGCCAAGAUAACCGGUGGUGCGCAAAUACUAGAAGAGGAAGAUCACGAACAAGAACAAGAAUGGAGUAAUGCUAAUAUGAACGUGGUAGGGUAUCAAAUGGAUUCUGUGAGUAUCAUAGAGAAAUUUCUUGGACUAACCAGUGACUCUAGCUCCUCUUCCAUUUUCGGAGACUCCGAGGAACCUUACACAAAUCUUGGCUCAAUAAGAGGUACUACUUCAACAACAGGAAUGGUAACACCAAUGCAAGAUACCACAACUUCAACAGCAUCAGUAGAUGAGGAGAGAAACCUUAUUUCAUCUUUUUCUCUAAACGAUUAUCUCUGCUAUUGA